AUGGUGAAACGGGAAUGGGGCAAGAAGCUGUCGAAUCUGAACUUCAUGCGGAACCUAAAGUAUGGCAAUGCAUUUGAUCUCGAGAUGGCUCGAAUCUACUGCCAUCAGGCAGCUCGAGUCAAGGGAAGAUCUAGGGCACUCGCAAUGAAUAUUAAGCUCAUGUUCGAAAACGCGAUUCCGGGUUGGACGUUGGCCAACCGCCACAAGUACGAUCCUUUCGGGCUCGAUGGCCAGCGGAUACCUACCCGCUAG